GCUGCGCGCGGCCCCGAGCCAUGGCGGACGAGGAGCUGGAGGCGCUGCGGCAGCAGCGGCUGGCCGAGCUGCAGGCCAAGCACGGGGAUCCUUCCAGUGAUCCAUCACAACAGGAAGCAAAACAGAGGGAAGCAGAGAUAAGAAAUACUCUUUUAGCUCAAGUUCUUGAUCAAGCAGCUCGUGCAAGAUUAAGCAAUUUAGCACUUGUGAAACCAGACAAAGCAAAAGCAGUAGAGAAUUAUCUUAUACAGAUGGCAAGAUUUGGACAGCUAGCUGGAAAGGUAUCAGAACAAGGUUUGAUAGAAAUACUUGAAAAAGUGAGUCAGCAAACAGAAAAGAAAACAACAGUAAAGUUCAACAGAAGGAAAGUACUGGAUUCUGAUGAAGAGGAUGAUGAGUAAUACUACUGUAAGCCUGCCAAAGGAAGGGCCUGGGGAGAAGCAGCACGCUGGCGUGGGGCAGAGCACACCAGCCCCAAAUGUUUACGUUUCUUUACUUUUUUUUUUUUUAAUAGAAAAGCCAACAAACCAACUUGUCUUGUAAAACAAAUCUGAAGAGGGAAUUUUAUAACUGAAAUUUUUGUAGUAUAAGAGGCUUGAACAGUGUGGGCUUCCCCACUGCUUCAUUAGCAUGAAUACUUUGUUGCCCCUUUAUCAGCGUGUAUGCUCUGCUUUCACCAACUGCACACAGUUAACUUGCUGCUACUGGAAAUACCCUCGCAUAAGAAGGAGCCCAGUGUAAAUCUAGAAACAACCCUUUCUGUGGAAGACUCACCUCCAGGCUCUAAAUCACAGAAGUGUUAGAAAUGAGAUUUCCUGAGCCCCUGGAGGACGCCUGUCUAGCAGCUGAGUGGCUCUCCAGUCCCACUGGAAAUUUAUAAAGUAAGAGUAUCAAAGUACCAUCUGUGGAUCAGAGGACUUCGUAUCAGGCAGUCUGUGUAAAGAAAUCAACCAGCAUACAAUUGAACUGUUCCCCUAUGAAAAAAUUAAUCUGUCUCAAAAAAGCAAGUUAACUGUGUAGUACAGCACUGUUCAGACACUUGGUAUCCUGUAUUCUUAAAACUACCUCCAUUUUUAUCAAAUGGCUGGAGUGUUUCUUACCUUGGGGAAAAUAGACCGUUUUCCUAAAUUUUCUGCAACUCCUGCAUGCCUAAAGUAAAACUGAACUUGUGCGAUACAUUUCUUAAAAAAUAUGGUUAUGGAAAUAAAUAGGUUAAAUACUGUAACAUGCUGACAAACACUCUACCACCACUAAAGCCUUUUCUGACAUAAUUUAACAGGAACAUGUAUGAGCCCAACUGCAGUGUUUUAUUGGAACAGAAUAAAAUUGUUUCAAGUGA